AUGUGCGUCCAACAUUUCUCCUCCCGUCUAUCGAAUAGCAACUCCUUUUUCUUACAACAGAAAAGGAGAAAUUUCAUCGCCUUACACAAUUUAGUGAUAAAUAAUUUCCUUAAAAAGUCUUUAACCUGCAACGUGUGUUUCAAUCAACAUCAUGCGCACCGGCAGUUCACUCAAUUAAGUGAUUUUUCCAAUUUAAAAAAAAACGUGAAAUAUGUGCACAGCUUCCGCUCCACGGAAAGAAAAAACGCAUUUCUCGAAAAAUGUUUUUUUUACCUGACCCCCAAGUAUUACUUGCAAACUCAGAUAAAAAGCGCCAUUAAAAAAAAGCAAAACAUUUGUUUAAUUAGGAGGAAGAAAAGGAAGGAGCAUCGCAACUAUUAUAAGUAUGGGAUAGGGACCUAUCGCAAAAAGGGGAAUUCACACACAGUUCUUCAGCUGGCGAAAAAUUCACAACAGGGAAGCGGCAGAGCAGAAAAGAACCAACUGAUUAAUCAAAAUGGCGAUUCUCUUCGACACACCCUUUCUGGAAACAACAUAACCCGGGACAGGCACACUCAAUGGGGAUGGCUCACCAACAUUAGUUCAUUCCACACGAAGGUAAUCAGACACCGAAGGGGCGGAAACCUGAGGAGUGCCCGUCUGAUAGGUCGAAGAAGUAGAAGGAUCAGACAGGUCGAAAGGUCGAAUGAUCAGGGGAUAUUCCCCUCCAGUGGGAGACCGCCUCUACACCUUGAACAGAAUACAAAGGCGCAUGAACGUGGCCAGUCAAACGGUGAAAACACGUUCGCGCAUGUGAAAGGAGCAAGUUGCGAAAUUCACCCAAAUGAUGUGAACCCAAAUAAGCACGGGGGAAAUUCACCCUCCAGUGCACAAAGCAAAACGGACCACACAAACAAGUGCAAAAAGAACGACAAACUGGUGUCCAAAAAGGGCGACUACUACAGCUGCAAAGAUGGUGAAAAAACGUUCGAAGAAAAGUCCCACGAGAAGGGAGAAAUGAAUAUAAAGAGGCACGACUUAAUCUUAGUAGCCCUCUCAGGGUGCAUCCCAUUUAUCUGUUUCGGCUUUGUUGAUAACUCCUUUAUGAUUAUUGCAGGGGACCUAUUCGAUUCUACCUUCUGCGUCUUUCUAGGAUUCAGCACCUUGGCUGCAGCAGGCUUGGGAAAUCUAACCAGCGAUGUUUUGGGAAUAUUCAUUGGAGGGUACAUAGAAAAAAUCAUCGUUUAUAUAGGAUUCCCCAGGAUAAAUUUAACGAAUAAACAACUGAAAAUGAACAGAACUAGACGAUACUACUAUAUUGGAAGUGCCAUAGGGAUAGCCAUAGGAUGUCUACUAGGCAUGAUCCCCCUUUUCUUUAUCGAUAGUAACAAAUUAGAAGAAAAAAAAAAAAGACAAAAAAAAAAAAAAAAAAAUAACAAAAUUAACAAUGUGGAUAAAAGUCUCUUCCACUUGGUUUCUACUCAGCUUCCAAAAUUUGUAAAUUCAAAUUAUGCCUUUUUAUUUGUUGUUGAUGAAGGCGCUCGUAAUUUUUACUCGCUCAUCAAUAACACCAUUGUGCGGUUCCCCCUUGAUGAGGACAUCAUUGGACAUGUUUAUAAAAGUGGGAAACUUAUCAACUACGAAAGUGGGAGCCUUAUGAAAAACUUCGCUCAUUCGUAUAAGCCGAGUACGCAGAAGGAUAAAAUCGGGGAAGAUCUACCUCCUAGUGAGCAAACAAACGGAGGGACAGAACUAUCCCUCCCAGGGGACGCACCCCAAGGGCGUAGGAACAAUGAAAAUUCCCUGCAUUUUCUCAAAAAUCAGGACUUCCAAAUCGACGGAAAGAGAAUUGACGUCCACCAGGUCAUUGCCGCACCGGUGUUUGGCCUAGACGAAUCCAUCAAAGCCGUCGUGGUGGCGCUCAACGCGAAGGAUAAAGUUUCCUUCUCCGAAAAGGACGCCCAGUUCCUCAGCAUGUUCUGCUCGCACAUAUCGCAGGAGCUGGAGGACAACAAGGGGCUGUCCGGCACCCUAAGGCUGUGCAAAAAAAUAGUGUACGACUAA